AUGUACCUAAGUACUUAUGUAUAUGUAUGCAUUUUAUUUUUUGGUGCUUCAUUAAGGCAAUUAUAUUUUUUUAAACUCAUUCGGGUAGCCAUUUAUUUGUUGAAAGUCCGCCUCAGUUUGAUUCGCCGCGUGAUAAACGCUUCGUUUGCUUCGCUUGCCUCGUUUGCCUCUCCCCCGCUUCAUUUGCUUUGUUUGCUUCCCCCCGCUCCAUUUGGGCCGUCCCAAGUGGCUACAAACAGAAUGUUGGAUAUCCCCCGAGUCGUGUUCUCUCUGUUCGCCCUGUUGCACGUUUUGGUAUUGACUAAUGCCAACCUUUCGAGCGACACUUGUUGGCCAGCGCCAGCUGUAAGUGCGGCCCCGAGACAGAUGGCCGAAAUGAAGUUUAACCCAAAUGAGUCCGCCAACCCACCAAGGGACGUACAUAUGGAUAGCGAAGAAGAUCUAUACACCGAUGCUAAAGCCCCCUCCUCCACAGAGAAGAGCACAGCUGCUUCGUCCGAUGAUGAGCAAGUAGAUAUCUCUGAAAUGCUAAAACCGCAUACAUUGUUAGUGCCCAAAAAAGAUAUGGAAGAACUGCUUCUGCAUUUUAAAAUGGUUCAAAAGUCAUGCCACAACAAUCUGCUGGACCGAUUGUUAGACAAGCUUGAGGAGCUAGCUUCCAAGUGUGGGAUGUCUCAGGAGGAAAAAUUAAAAUUAUGGACCAAGUGCCAGGAAGAAAUCAACAAGGAAUUUCAAGAAAUAAAACACUUUUACGAUAAGCACUGUGCGUCCAAACUGAACUUCUCCGUUGUGACGAUGCAUUCCUUUUCUGAAUGCCUAAACAGGUACGUCACUCUAAGUGCAGACGCGAUUGUGGCAAAUGAGAAGAAGUGGAACUGCAUCUUUUCCCAGGCGGCAGAGGGCUGCAAGGGGGGGGCCGACAUCCCGCAGAGUAGCGAGCAGGUGAGCACCUAA